UGUGCGGAACAUGUCGCGACUGCCGCACGUCUGCGGACUCUGCCUGCUCCUCUGGCUGUGGCAGCUGCUGGCCUUGGCGCCCUUCAGCUACAGUCGGCGUCGGGGAGCCCGUUGCCGCCGCCUGCUGACGCUGAGCGGUGUGCUCCGCUGGCUGCUGCUCACUGGACUGGCGCCGCUGAUGCUGUGGAAGAGCGCGGCCAUGUACGAUGCCACCAAUGUGCGGCACUCGCUGAUCUUCAAGAAUAUCGCGCUGGCGGCCAUGACGGGCGAUGUGUUCGUCUCGCUGGCCCUGCUGGGCGCCCAUCUGUGGCAUCGUCGUGGAUUGGCCAGGCUGCUGACUGGCCUGGCGCUGCUGCAUCGCAAACGGAGGCUGGGCUGGUGGUCCACGCUGCUGCUGUGGCUGAAGCUGCUCCUGUCGCUCUACGAACUCCUCUGCAACGUGCCCUUCCUCCAGGCUGCGGGCAGUCGACUGCCCUGGACCCAGUUGCUGGCCUACAGUGUCCAGCUCUAUGUGCAGCAUGUGAGCAGCGUGUAUGCGAAUGGCAUAUUCGGGGGCAUGCUGCUGCUGCUGGCUAGUCUGGAUCAUCUAGAGCAGGAGUCGCCAGCUCUGGCGCGGCUGCUGCAACGCGAGCGCCGCUGGUUGCGCCUCUCCACGCAGUUUGUUGGCCGCUUUCAGCUGGGCAUCUUCCUCCUGGUCAUUGGCUACUUUGUCAACAUUCUGGCCAACAUGUACGCCUACAUGUCGUACUUCGUGUCGCAGCACGGCGUUCCGCUGACCAUCUCCAACUAUUGUCUGAUUGCCGCCCUUCAGCUUUAUGCCCUGAUUCUGGCCGCCCAUCUCUGCCAGGUGCGACACGCCCAUCUGCGUCAGCGCUGCCUGGAAUUGGCUUAUCUGCCGCCAGCACUGAACCAGCAGGAAAUGGAGUGCAGCACAUCAUUUCCUUUGGUCGCACCUUUGGACAGCCUCAAGUUCUCCGUUUUGGGCCUGUUCACCUUGGAUCAUUCGUUUUGGCUUUUUCUGGUCUCGUAUGCCAUGAACUUUAUUGUCAUUAUCUUGCAGUUCAGCCUGGAGAACAUGAAGCACACAGAUUACUGAAAGUAAGGAAAAGUUCACUUG